AAAAUUGAGUGUAGUGGUGCUCAUACUUAUCCAUUGGGCUUCCCACCUCUGUUGUCCAUCUGGCCCUCCAUAUAUAUCCCUCUCUAUUUUCACCCAAAAGAUUAUCAAAUUCCACACUGUUCACACACUGUUUUACAAACUACAAAGGCUGCUAUAUAUAUAUAUAUAUCCUUUCUCCCAAGAAGAAGACUCUCCUCUCUCUUUCUUUCUCUCUCUUCAUCUCUCUCUCUCUAUAUAUAUAUAUGUGCGUGGUGUAUUGUUUGGAAGGUUUAUUAAUAGAGGAAAAGUAUAGGUUUUGGUUUGAGGAUAAUGAGAUUGAAUAUGGAGUCGAGAACGACGUCGAUCUUGAACAGAGAAAGCAGGCAUGGGAUCAUGGGUGAGCAAGUAAUGGUUAUGGGUCAUCAUCGUCAUCGUCAUGGUCAUCAUCCCAGUUCUUGCAGACAAGUAGUGUGUGAUGAAGAAGUGAAGUCUUGUUAUGAUGAUGAUUCUUCACCAUCAUCAUCAUCAUCAUCAUCACCAUCACCAUCACCAUCACCAUCACCAUCACCAUCACCAUCAUCAUCAUCAUCAUGUCCCUUGCAAGACAUGUCCUCCUUACUCCAACAACUUCCUCUCAAGAGAGGGUUGUCUAAGCACUACAAUGGGAAGUCACAAUCGUUCACAAGUUUAUCAAAUGUGAGGAGCAUAGAAGACCUUCCCAAGCAUGAUCAGAUUCAUGAGAUUCAGAUCAACAAGAAGCUCAAGACAUGCAAAUGCUAUGGGGCUGCCUCCACGACGUCGUUUCCACGGAACAACACCACUUGUUCUAGCCUUGUUGGUUCAGCUAAGAACCCACCAAUCAAGGAGUCCACUUUUUCUUCACUUGUGAUUGGUGGAAGGACCAAUUCCACCUUUCUUCCAAUUAAUAAUAAUAAUAAUAAUAAUAAUAAUAGGGCUCCAAUUCCCCACCCACCCCAUAGAUCAACAAGUAUGAUUAGUGGCUAAUUAAUCUAGCUUAGUUUGUGUCUUUUUGUUUAUUUUUUCAUUUUUAAAUUAAAUGUUUUUCUAUGUCGAAAUAUGUAUGUAUAUGUCCCCU